CGGGGUUUUAACGGUCAUUCACGAGCGCAGAAAUAUAGUAUGCCUCUGAUUUAUCAAUGAUUAUGUUGCGUGCAACAGUUUGAUAAAUCACAAUCAUUUGUUGUGCACGGAAAUCCUGUAGAGAUACCGAAGAGUCAAAGGGAGCUGUUCUGCAACAUCUAGUUUUGUGGACGGGCUGCACCAAUAGCCCACUACCCUUGCUAUCUUUGUGUCGACUUUCUCCUCUCAGCACUCGUGUGAGAAAUACUGCGAGCCACCAGCCUAGGAAAAGCGGUUACCCGAAAACUCCGUGGAAAGGGGGUGGCAAAGAAGAGCGAGUAGGCUAAAGAUACCCGUUUGGUGCGGAAAGAAGAUUUCGUUUGGAAAAGUUUAUAUAGUUUAGUUCACAAUGUCUUUGUCAGUACCCCAGAAUGGAAUCAAGGCGGAUAACGAGCCCAUUAUCGAGCUCUUUGUGAAGGCGGGAAGUGAUGGCGAGAGCAUCGGGAACUGUCCUUUCUCCCAGAGACUCUUCAUGAUCCUGUGGCUAAAGGGAGUGGUCUUCAAUGUCACCACAGUGGACCUGAAGAGGAAGCCUGCAGACCUCCAGAACCUGGCCCCAGGCACACACCCUCCUUUCAUCACCUUCAACGGGGAGGUCAAGACCGACGUCAACAAGAUCGAGGAGUUCCUGGAGGAUGUCCUCAGCCCACCCAAGUUCACCAAGCUUGGCGCCAGACACCCUGAGUCCAACACCACUGGGAUGGACAUCUUUGCCAAGUUCUCAGCCUUCAUCAAGAACUCCAAACCAGAUGCCAACGAGGGUCUGGAGCGUGGGCUGUUGAAGACACUGCAGAAGCUGGAUGAGUACCUGCGCUCCCCGCUGCCUGACGAGAUCGACCACAACAGCAUUGAGGACAUCAAAAUCUCCACUCGCAAGUUCCUGGAUGGUGACGAGAUGACACUGGCUGACUGCAACCUCCUGCCCAAGCUGCACAUUGUCAAGGUGGUGACCAAAAAGUACAGAGGCUUUGACAUUCCCAAGGAUAUGACUGGCAUCUGGCAGUACCUGCAGAACGCCUACACACGCGAGGAGUUCACCAACACCUGCCCCAGCGACAAAGAGAUUGAGAUCGCCUACCAAGACGUGGCCAAGAGGCUGGUCAAAUAGGCCCAUCCCACAUCCACGCCCCCCUACCCCUCCCCAGCACUGGGACUGGUCUGUUCAGACACGAGAAAGAACUAUGGACUCCUCAGUUAAAGCAAACCUAAUGCAUGAAUCUCUUUGUUCCUACUUUUCUCUUUUUAUUUUUGGAAGAUCUCUUGAGUACAUGAAGAAGCUCAGAAAGGUCCAUUGCUUUUGUUUAUUGCUUUUUUGUUGUCUUUUUUUUAUGAUGAUUGUUUUGAGGCGUCUGACUGGCGAGGUGGUCGAGAUACCUGCCAGAUUGGACGCAGGCUGGUGUGUAUCCGAGCUUAUCAGUUUUGGAGGGCCAUCAACACACACUCCUUAUAAAGUGGCCUUCCGGCUGACCCUCUGAUUCCACACGGGAAUAUGGUCACAAGCAUUUUUUUCUGUUGUCUGUUCAAUAUUGAUUUGCUUUUUAGGCUUGCUAUGAUAAUGACCAUUACAAGACUGAUUUUGUGUGUUGGCUAAGGAGUUGGUUUAAACAGUGUUGAAAGCUUCAGUGUUUUUGGCUCUAGAGGGUAAAUGAGGGCAGGUUUCACUGCAUGUAGUGCAUUAGACGCUAGGCCAAACCACAGAGUUUGACGACAUAGUGCGAUAUGCUUCAUUUUACUGUUGCAUUGCUUGAGUCAAUUGGAAUAACUAUAAUACAGUUAAGGCUACCUGUUGUCCAUGCUCUGAUACCAUUUACUCCAUAACCUUGUAUGUGGACACAUGGGUGCAAACAUCCAUGUCAAUUAUGCUAGCUGAGCUCCGUCUACAGUAGACUUAGAGAUGUACCUGUACCAAGUCCUUAGAUGACAUGUUUUCAGCUCAGGACAAGGGAACCUACGAUGCAUGAAAUAUUAGAUAAUAUGUAGCAAACAAAACCAACCAUUUGGACUUCUAUGGGAAUACAAACUGUCCUUCAUCACUGCGUUGCCUCAUAUCACUGCUCCAUAUAGACACUGACACUCUUGGCAGUAAAGCUCAAUUUGCCCAAAAAUAACAUUUUUUUCUCUCCUGUAAGGUAUGAAGGGAAGUCUUUAGCGUGUGUUGUGCUGGUAGCAGUGGUAGUUUAUAUUACACUUCUGCCACCAAAAAGGGGACAUUAUUCUGGUCUCACUGUGGAUUGAAUGACUCCUGUUAUCUAAACUAGUGAAGUAAAUGAAAACACACACUUGCCGUCUCGCUUUCUGCUAUAGCAUACAGAAGAACCCCAAUGUGCGAUCAGGCAGCAGAAAAGGUGACACUAUAGAUAUUUAUGAGAAAAGGCAUUGGGGAGAGGAGAAUGGUAAUGUAAUGACCAUCAUUUAGGAUUUCCUUUUCUCAUUAUUUAGAAUGCUCUCAACGGUAGUGAAUGUAGUAUUCUGUCAUAGUUUCAAAAUGCUUUAGUGUGGAUAAAGCAAAAAUAUAUAUUGGUUUGUUUCUUCUCCCCAUGUUUUGCCAUCCUUUCAGACAUUUGUUGUAAUACAAAUUUUAUAAAAGGAUUUGUAAAUAUUUGUUUUGAUUAUUCAGAAUAAGCCUUUUUUUUACCUGCUUGGGUUUUAGUACUAGAAGACAUCUCCUCUGGCCUUAUUCUUAUCUGGCCUCUUGCUCAGAUGGUUUUCAAAAAUCACUACAAUGAUGAAAUGUGUAUGUCAAUUUCAGAAGAAAAGAUCCAGGCUAUGUCAUGGCUUUGUUUUUAAACAAUAUUGACAUUAUUGAAAUAAACCUAUUAUUGGGA